UUCGCUUUGACUCUUGGCCUUCUCGCGAGUACUGUCAGCACUUCCGGCACUGUCGCGGACACACGUGGUAAUAUUCAGGCUCCUUCGCUCGACGCACGAAGUAGGAGGUCACGGGUUGCGGCGGAUCCGCACUUUAUCUACUUCCCUUUCAUUCCUAACGACGCCGUGAAGCGUCAGGCAACCCAGUGCACGGACCCUAAGUUGGGAACGAAGCGAUCUAGCUGCUUCGGCGAAGCGUGUUUCGGGAAGCCGAUCGGCUCCUCACCAACUAAGGCGCACGAGGUCCCGCGAUCACCUCCCGUUACAAGAUCCCACCACAUCAAUUUUCGCUUCCCCCGACCCGGUCGGCAAAAAUGGGCUGCGGCUGUGCGAGUCUGCUCUCCCUCCCCCUCCCCCUCUCCCUCCUCCUUCUUCUCGUCCUGGCCUCUCUCGCGCAUCUUCCCCGCGCCAUCGGCGCAGCGGAUGCGCCGCCGCCGCAGGCGCCGGUGGCGGUGCCCCCAGCGGUGGUGAAGCUGGGCUUCCUGCUGCCGGUGCAGGAGCGCAACCUGGACAUCCCGCUCAACCUCGCCCGCGAAUGGGGCUCCGCAGCGCAAGUGGCGCUAGACGUCCUUUCCACCCGCUAUAAGCGCUUCACCAUAAAGCCCGUCUUCCAGGCCGUCGAAUGCGCCGCGGAGAGCGCCGCGAUCGGCGCGGAGGCGCUGGUGAAGCAGGGCGUGGCGGGCGUGGUGGGCCCCGCGUGCAGCGAGGCCGCGGUGGGCGCGGCGCCCGUGCUGAGCGGCGCGGGAAUCCCGAUGGUGUCGUUCGCCGCCACGGCCGACGCGCUGCGGAAUCGCACCGCGUAUCCGACCUUCUUCCGUACUGCCUUCGGCGAUCGGCACCAAGCGGCCGCCAUUCGCAGCGUGAUCGACCAGCUGCAGUGGAAGCGCAUCCUCGUGUUCCACUCCGCCGAGACCUACGGCGAGGCGCUCGCCUACGACGUCGCCCAGGAGCCCCAGCUGCAGGUGCGUACGGUGCGCAUCCCGCACCCGCCCCCGCGGACUGCUCCGCGUUCUUCCCCGCGGCGGCAGACGACUGGAUGCAGGCGUCGGAGGACACGGGCGUGGUGCUCGCCGUGCUGCCGCGCACCGCCUCCUGCCUCUGGGCCGCGGCCAGCAAGCUGAACCUACUGGCGUACCCAUGGUGGUACCUGGGCACGGACGGCGUGGCGGCGUUGGACCUCAUGGAUGCAGCGCCCGAGUCAGGCGAGGAGAUGCUGGGCGGCCAGCUGGAGUACGAGCUCGCGCUUGCGCCCUCAGCCGCCGACCCCUCGGGCGAGGAGGCCUUCGCGCCGUUCAGGAGCUACUGGCAGCAGCAGUCGUACGCCGCCUUCCCUGGGCUGCUCACCUUCGACGCCGCCCCGCACUUCUCCACCCCGCGGCCCUUCGUGCCGCACCUCAUUGACGCGGUGUGGGCGUUCCACGAGGCUUUCAACAAGACCGUUGGGGAAAACGGCUCGUUCCCGUCCACUUCCCAACUGCUGGCGUGCUUCAAUGACUCGCCUGCCGACUGCGUGUCCUUCGCGGGGACAACCGGCCACGUGCACUUUGACUCCGACUCGGGCGAGCGCAGCAAGCUGCACGUGUCGCCGCGGUACUCGCUCAUGCAGUUUGCAGGGCUCCCCUGGAUGCCUGUGGGGGAGUGGGUGGAGCAGCAGCAACCGCGGCUCAACCUGACACAGCAGACGCCGCUGAUGCGACCAGCUGAUCCUGCUGGAGACACCAGCAGCAGCACAGGAGAGGUGAAUGGAAGCCUGACAGGGGAGGUUGCUCCUCCUGCCAGCAACAGUAGCAGCAGUGGUGGUGGUUCCAAUGGUAUUGAUGGCACUGCUGGUGGUUCGUCAGUGCGGCAAUCAGCUACCAUUGAGCCCACCACUGCCGCAACUGACAGCACAAGUGGCGGCAGCAGCAGCAGCACUGGAUCCACUAUAGCAAUAGCAGUGGUGUGCAGUGCCAUGCUGGUGGCUUUGAUUGCUAUUGUUGGUGCCAUGUUGUGGAGCAAGCGGCAACACUUGUUUGUGCACGAGGAGCCUAAGCACCAUAUGGUGGCUGAUGAUGCUGAUGUUGCAAGGGGAGGAGUGCACUUGCUGUAGUGCUAGUGAAAUCAAUGUGCCUUUGGAUUUUCUUCGCAUAGAUGUAUUGUAUUCUUUACUAAUAGUUAGCAUGCUGAAGUUGCAACUCUAUCCUUACGGGUGUGUUGUAUCAGAGU